GGAGCCAUCAGUUUUGCUUGGUUCGUCGCAAGCAAAGUCAUCUAUAAACAUGUUUCUCGCCAAGAUCCUAGUCCUGUGCACCGCCUGCGUCCUGGUCAGUGCCAGUCCGGCUGGACUCGGAGCACCAAGGAAUCUUGAAGGCCAGGACCUGGCCAAUGCCCAGCAAAGGCUUGAGGCAUCCUUGACCAAGUUGGCUGCUGGCGAUGGACCCCACUAUCGCCUCUCCAAGGUCCUUUCCGCAACGUCCCAGGUGGUCUCUGGCGUGAGGAAUGAUUACUCCGUGGAGCUGAUCGACAACCAGGGUGCUACCAAGGUGUGCCAUGUGGACAUCUGGUCGCAACCGUGGCUUCCCGGUGGCAUCCAGGUGACCUUCAACUGCCCCAAUGAACCUGAGCUGGUCAGAAGGCACGAUGCUUAAAUAAAAAUUAUUGUUGGAUUCAAUUCUAAAA